AUGCUGAAGGUCUUGUGUUACCUGAGGGUGGUGCCGGUAGGAGUGCUGCUGCUGUUCCUCACACUCGCCCAGCCAGGCCUCAAACCAGCAACACCUCCAGUGAUCAAGAACCAUCCUUUCCACAUUUUCUGGGCUGCCCCAACAAUGUAUUGUAGGAAAUUCUUCAAAGUAGAAAUGAAUCUUCCAGUAUUUAACAUUAUAACAAACCCUUUUGAGACUCAGAGUGGAUCCACAAUUGCCAUCCUUUAUCCAAAUGAAUUGGGAUAUUAUCCUUAUUUCUCUCAAGAUGGAAAACCAUUCAAUGGUGGAAUCCCACAGAGUAUGAGCCUCUUGGCUCACCUUAGGAAAAUGACUGCUGAUAUUGUAAGGGCUGUCCCUUGGUGGCAGUCAGAAGGACUUGUUAUUAUUGACUGGGAAAAUUGGAAACCCCAGUGGUUUAGAAACUGGGGCAGCAGAAUAAUCUAUAAAGACCACUCUUUAGCCUUCACUAGAGACCACCAUCCGGACUGGUCAGAAACCAGAGUGGACGCGGCUGCCCGACAGGAAUUUGAAAAUGCAGGAAGGAGGGUAAUGAAUGCUACCCUCAUGCUAGCUUUAGAAAUGAGACUGAAGCGCUUGUGGGGCUUUUAUCUCUAUCCAGAUUGCUAUAAUUAUGAUUAUGGAGUAAAUCCAGCAUUUUACACAGGUAAUUGCCCAAAUGAAGAAAUUGUCCUCAAUGACCAACUCUUGUGGCUGUGGGAAAAAAGCACAGCACUUUAUCCUUAGAUAUAUUUGGAUAAAUUAUUGAAGUCAAGCUUAAAUGCAUUGAAAUUUGUCCAUUAUCGAGUUAGAGAAGCCCUGAGAAUUGCUGAAAUGGCUAGACCUGACUAUGUUUUGCCAGUUUUUAUUUUUUCCAGGCCAUUUUAUUUGAAUAGUUUUGAAACUUUGUCUGAGGAGGACUUGGUGCAUACGAUUGGUGAAAGCGCUGCAUUAGGGGCAGCAGGAAUAAUAUUGUGAGGAGGAUAUGAAUAUAUUGCAUCAAAGGAGGCCUGCUUAUCUGUGCAACAAUCUAUUCAAGGGCCACUGGGUACCUAUGCUGUGAAUGUGACAUCUGCAGCCAAGCUCUGUAGUCAAAGUUUAUGUAACAACCAUGGAAGAUGUGUUCGAAAAACACCGGAAUCCUCCUUCUAUUUGCAUAUGCCUGAAAGCAGCAGUAAGAAAUACAUCUCAAAUAAGAGCUUCAGGUUUGUCAUUUCUGAAAAGAAUAAACUGAAGACAAUAAUGGACAUGAAGGAUGGAUUUAUGUGUCACUGCUAUUAUGGCUGGCAUGGAGAGUCUUGCCAUUACUCUUCAGUUCCCUUGAGUUGGAAAAACGAGGCUCCCACUGCUAACUUUAAUUUACCAGUUUGUUUUGAUAUAAUUGUAUGUGUGAUUCUGCUGAAUAUUUUUACUCCCUUCUACAAUGUCAAUUUUUCCUUAAAGUAUUGA